GCCCAUCAGCCUCACGGCAGAUAUGGCUGCUGUCCAGGAUGCCUUGUGGCUAGCGAGAUGCAAGCAGCAACUGGAAGCUUAUACUGACCUGAGGCAGUUGGGUGGCAAGAUGGACACCGUCUUGGUCAUUCUAGCGGUAAUUCUUCAUGUGCAAAUCAGGCAUUACCAGGGCGUUGAUACCUAUCUGCUUUUUUCUGACAUUCAACAGGCAUUUGACACCGCAAGUCAUGACGGCAUGCUUUUUUCCGCGUAUUUGGCAGGGGUGGUUGAGGUGGAGUGGCGUCUGCUUUGCCAUUUUCUUGCAAUGGACACCGCAAACAUCAUGCUGGCAGGACUCUUGUCUCAGACGUUGACGCUUCGGGCGGGCAUCCCGCAGGGUCGGAAAUUCAGUGUCCAUGUGUUUACGGCUUUGCUUAAGCAUUUUGGAGACAUUCUGCUCUUUCAGUGCUCCCCGUCGCAGACUUUGCUACCGGAUUUUGCUGCAGAUGCCAUCUCAGGGUUGUGGGCGGCCCUAACCCCUGCACCAAAUGAUGCCUUGUUGAGUGGGUUGGGCGAGCAGCCCAGCUUGCAGCAAAUUGCAACGGCUGUCACCCAGGCACCAUCGCCGACGGAAACGCGCAGACUCGCAAUUCAUUUGCUUUCCAAUGUACGUGAUCGUCAGCAACGCGCGCAAUGUGUAGAGAUGAUGGGGUCCCUUGCCCUUGGCCCGUUGCUGUUUGUGGACGAUGUGGUGACGCCGUUUGCUACCGAUCGUGAUGUCCAGCAUGCCGUGGUACAUGGGCUUGGGGCGUAUUCUCGCUUUGCAAACGCUCAGUUCAACAUGGGACCUACCAAGACGGCAGUUUUGAGCUGCAUGGACUCCCCUCAAACUAGCCUUGCUGCUCUUGCCUGUGAGUCCUACAAACUGCUCGGGGUCACGGUUGCUUUGUUUGAAGAACUCUCGCUACUUAUGAGGGAAAUGGGCUUGCCGCCGCCGGUACAUGCAGCAGCUGUCAUUGAGAGGGUCGAGCCAGUGGUGCUGUACGCAUCCGAGCUUUUCGCCUUGACCCCUGAAGUGCUGCCAAAACUGGACGCGCUGCAAGGUGAUUGGGCCAAGACGAUUUUAGCAGGCAAGGCUGGGUCUUCCUUGCGAGGUUCCCUUGCGGUUGCUCUCCUAGGUUGGCCUUUGAGGCUGUCAUCCAAGGUUCUCUUGAGGAUCUUUUCAAUCAUUGCCAAGAUACAACUGUUACCGCGUGAGCAUCCUACAGCGGUCAUGUUGGCUAUUGCCAAAUCUCUGCCUGCUGGUACCUGGUGGCAUGCAGUGGAGCUAUUGAGGCACCAGCUAGCAAGUGUCAGUGCAACUGGAGCCCUCCCUCACAUAGCAGAUGCUGGUUUGUGCCCAGCUGAGAUGCUGGAACGGGCCAGGGGGGACUAUGCAGUCCGAAAGAACCUCCUUAAGUUGUACAAGACGAACACUCUCAUGCCAAUCAUGAAAGCCAGGGACGAUGCUGAUUUCCAAAAGGCUGCUUCAAAAUUCCUGGUUGGUUUGGGGUUGGAUUUCUUUGCUCUGGGGUGUCAGAGAAGGUUGUGUAACUGGUCUCAUCUGCUCCCGGUGCUGCGCAGCUCAGAGUGGAAACUGGCAAAGAAAUGGGCCUUUGCCAGGUUGACAGGAACCUGGCCCCUCAGUUUGCUGUCUGAGUCACAGCCCUUGGAGAAGCUGGAGUGUUGCCCUUUCUGUAACCAAGGCGAUGUUAUGAUACGGCACGCUUUGUGUGAGUGCUCAGGAACAGCGGCGCUGUUUGUGCAAACAGGGCUCGCGCUUUAUGGCACUAGAAGGGUGGACGGGGACCUGCUCCUGCAGAUGUUGUUCCAUUCCACUGUGGACUCUCACAUUGAUGCGGCGAGGAUCCGCUAUGUUGACAGCCACCAUGGAUGA